ACAAUGAACGGAACUGAGCCAUGAUGAAUACUCAUUGUGAAUUUAUAACCCCUUACUUUCCUCUAUGUGGUUAAAUGCAUCUUUUUCUCUCUCACUUUUGGUCUUCCACUCAUCACUCAACACUCAUCUUUUCCUGUCCCCGGCUGAGGUGUCUGUGGGUCUAGGUGACGAAGAAAAUGAUCACAUAGCUUUGUGGGCUGAAAGACCUCCUUCAACAAAGACCCUUCAACCCAGCAGAAUGUUUCAGAAUUAGAAGUGAGCAACAGAGCAAGAUGAAGUUCUCUCUAUUUGCUGCCGUUCUUUUCUCUAUACAGUGGAUGAGUGUUGUGAAAGCAGAUGAUGGACGUCCACCAGACUGCUGUACUGCUGUGUCAAGCAUCAAAGUAGAUCCUAAAAACAUUGUGGAAUAUUCUAUACAAGAAGCAGUGCUAUGUCCUGUCAGAGCUGUAAGAUUCCAGACCAAGAAAAACAAAACUAUUUGUUCAGAUCCAGAUAGCACAUAUGCUAAGAAAGCAAUGAGGAUAGUAAAUAGCGGAAAAACAACAACAAAACCUUCCCAAAAACCUACCAUGUGCAAUAUAAAAAUCAUGAACCCACCUGUAACUACAACAAACAAAACACCGAGAAGAGAGACUGAGACCAACAUGAGUACAACUGUACCACCAAAAGUGACGACUAUCGAAACAUCUGGACCAGAGACCACCACGAGUACAACUGUAACACCAACAGUGACAACUGUCAAAACAUCUGGACCAGAGACCAGCACGAGUACAACUGUAACACCAGCAGUGACGACAAUCAAAACAUCUGGACCAGAGACCACCACGAGUACAACUGUAACACCAACAGUGACAACUAUCAAAACAUCUGGACCAGAGACCAGCACGAGUACAACUGUAACACCAGCAGUGACAACUAUCAAAACAUCUGGACCAGAGACCAGCACGAGUACAACUGUAACACCAGCAGUGACGACAAUCAAAACAUCUGGACCAGAGACCACCACGAGUACAACUGUAACACCAACAGUGACAACUAUCAAAACAUCUGGACCAGAGACCACCACGAGAACAACUGUACCACCAGCAGUGACGACAAUCAAAACAUCUGGACCUGAGACAACCACGAGUACAACUUCAACAACAACAACAACAACAACACCAACAACACCAACAACAACAACAAAUCAGAGGACAAAACCAUCAAAGUUAAAAAUAAAAAAACUAAGUAAAAGCAAGAAAAGACUUAGAACAUUUCAGAAAAAUCUUAAAAAAAAAUCUGGAUAA